AUGAGCAACUUAGGCCACCCUGCUUCUGAAGAAGAGCUUCAAAGGAUGGUGAGAGAGGUCGAUUUCGAUGGCGAUGGAUUCAUCAAUUUGAAUGAAUUCAUAAAGCUCAACACUACCGGCGUGGAUUCAACUGCAAUCUUGGAAGAGUUACGGAAUGCAUUCUUGAUAUUCGAUCUUGAUGGGAACAGAUCGAUUUCGUUAGAGGAAUUGCAGAGGGUGUUGCGAAGCUUGGGCGAUGAGAGCUCGAUGGCAAAAUGUAGGAAGAUGAUUCGUGGGGUGGAUUGUGAUGGCAAUGGUCUUACAACAAGGAGAAUGGCGACGGGAUUGAACAAUGGAACCCUCUCCAUUUUCGAUUCUCCCGAUUCUUCUUCUUCCUCUGCUCUCCGCCUCACCUCUCGUUAG